AUGCAUGACAAGUCAGUCCGGAGACACUCAGCAGGCAGGACCAGGUGGGCACACCCGCCCCCUCCCCAACACAAUACCCAAGCAGUGGCAGAAGCAACCUGUACGGACGAGUUCCUCCCCGCCGGCCCCCUCGCCUCCUCCUGCGCCUCCCCACAACUCCCUCGCCACGACGUCUUCCCCUUCCCCUCCCCAGCAGUUCUCAACGUAAUCAGAUUCUUCCCAAGGCGUGCCAACUUUCGACGCUGUCCCACGACCCCCCCCCCCCGCAACUCCCGAGCCGAAGCGAGCUGCGUGCCGGCGGCGGCGCCCCUCGCGCCGGGAGCUUCCUUUCCCUUCGAGCGGUGCCCUCUCUCGCACUCGCGGUGCAACGUGCGGGUGGCCCACAAGGAGACAUGUCAAGACCAGCGCAGGCCGCGUACGCAUACGGCAUCAUGCUUCGGCCGACCACAGGCUACCAUAUGCGGCACCUUCAUGGCCCCGGCGAUGUCAGGCUCCCUCCCCGGCUCCCUCCCAGAUAAGCAUGACAGAGGACGACCGCCUUCCGCCCACCCUCCUGACGCAGGCCAACGGGGACGGCGCUGGACGCAGACGCAACUCCCUCCUCCAGCGACCCCAGGUGUCAUUUUCCUCUCCCCGGCGCAGGUUGUACCACAAGCUUUCUGCAUUCAUGGCUGUCUCCAACAGUCCUGUAUCAGGGCCUUGAUGUGGAAUUUGGUCUUUCUGCACAAGUAUCCGAAAAUCUAUACACUCUUGUCAGAAGAGUUCAUGACUACUCCUGCCAAGCCAAAUCUGUCUACUAACUUCCUGGUCUGACAGCCCAAAGUCAUGAACUGCACUAUCAAGUUUCUGUUGUACUGCCACAUAUACAUGGCUGCAUUUCUAAUAUUUCUCGAAGAAAGUUUUAAGCUAUUUCCAAUAACACUCAAAUCUGUAAAGUGCAUUAACCUGUAAAUACAUUCAAUAAACAAUAAAACAAAUUUC